AUCGUUGUCUUUUGACACAGAAUCCCACCAUGAUGCUAUCUCCCAUUACCAGCGCCACCCCACCUCCCAAAUGACCCCUCCCCCCAAGUCCCCGGGGCCGACGCCCAGCCGCACUAUGAAGACAGGGCAACACCUUCAUGAUGAGUUCAGAUGGUCCGUUGGCGUGUGGCCAACUGCAGCAUCUCACCAAAGGCCUAAGCGAUGCCAUCAUCGCGGUGGACAACACUGAGUUCCACAUCCAUAAGAUCAUCCUGUGCAACUGCAGCCCCUACUUCGGAGCCCUCUUUCUACGCUGGUCCAACCCAGACCAGAGGGUGUAUGUCAUACGUGGUCUGGCGGCCCACUUAAUGCGGCUCAUUGUUGAUUUUGCAUACACCGGCACUGUGUCGGUGACGGAGGACAAUGUGAAGGAGUUGUUGAUCGCGGCCGAUGAGUUCAAUAUGAUUGCUAUUGUUCAAACCUGCUGCACAUUUCUAACAGAGCAGCUCAGGCCGGAGAACUGCGUUGGCAUCUGGCAGUUCACCAGGAACUAUUACGUUCCCCAGUUGCAGCUUGAGGCCUACCAGUACAUACUCUACCACUUUGAGGAUGUGGCUGCCUCGCACGAGCUCCGCUGGCUGUCUGUGCAGGACUUGUGCGACAUCCUAGACCGCGAUGACCUGAUCGUGAAGAAGGAGAACACGGUGUUCCAGGCUAUCCUACACUGGAUUGCGCAUGCACCCCGUGAGCGAGGCAGGAACCUGGCUGUGCUGCUAGCGCGGGUCCGUCUGGCUCUGACAAGUGAGGAGUUCAUCUCGGUCAACGUGCUGACCAAUCAGAUGGUACAGAACAACAGCAAGUGUCUGGACAUGGUAGGUUUCGCCACUCGAGUGAUCCGUCACAUGAAAGCCAACUCCGUGUCUGGAUUCUGCAACCUGGUCGCUCGUCCCCGGCUGCCUUCCGCCAUCCUUCUGGCGAUAGGCGGAUGGAGUGGAGUUAACCCGACGCAGUGCAUCGAAGCAUAUGACAUCCACGCUAACAGUUGGGUCAGCCUUUUGGACAAUAUGGACCAACCGCGGGCGUACUGCGGUGCCGCCUUUCUCAACAAUGCCAUCUAUUGUUUGGGCGGCUUUGACGGCACAGAAUACUACAACACUGUCAGCCGCUUUGACCUGAACACUCGUACCUGGCAUAAAGUGGCGCCCAUGCACUUCCGCCGCUGCUAUGUGAGCGUCACAGUGCUAAAUGGAUGCAUUUACGCAAUAGGAGGCCACGAUGGACGUGUAAGACUAGAGACAGCUGAGUACUACACACCUGAAACCAACCAGUGGACUCUUAUUGCCAGUAUGCAAGAACAGAGGAGCGAUGCUAGCUGUACCACCCUCAAUGACAAGGUUUACAUUUGCGGUGGUUUUAAUGGAAAUGAGUCACUGCAAACAGCAGAAUAUUACAGCCCAGAGACCAACCAGUGGAUGGCCACGGCCCCCAUGAGCUGCCGCCGCAGUGGCAUUGGGGUCAUCGGGCAUGGCAGCCUUGUGUACGCAGUUGGAGGCUAUGAUGGCGAUGACCGCCUGGCUAGCGCUGAGGCCUACGACCCUCAGACAGACACCUGGAUCAUGCUGCCACCCAUGCAGUGCCCCAGGAGCAACUUUGGCAUUGAAGUUGUGGAGGAUUGUCUCUUUGUGGCUGGUGGCUACAAUGGUGUCUCCACCACCAACCUGGUGGAGUACUACGAUCUGAAACUUGGCACGUGGUCUGCGGCCAAUGAUAUGCGGAUCUCUCGAAGCGCUCUGAGCUGCUGUGUGAUGUCCGGGUUGCCCAACAUUGCCCAGUAUACGAUGCUUCGUAAUGACCUGCCUUUGCUCUUCUUGGAGGAUGAUACAGUUGAUAUGGAAGAUGAAGUCUAAAAAAAAAUUGCAGUGACUUUGUGCUAACAAAUGACUGAAAUAAUACUCACACGCUGAUAGUUUUCCCUGGAGUGUAAGUAACUAUUUUGACAAGAUUAAGAUUCUAAUAAUUUACUGAAAUAAAUUAUGAUAGAAUUUUGUUAACAAUGGGCAUGAGAGUGGAUGGACAGCUGGAUUACCAAAAGAUUAGUCUUUGGGAAAAAAAUGUCAGUCAAGUACUUCAAGGUACAACCAGAGCAGCCGCUCCCUUUUCACAGGACCCACAGGGUGCAGGGCACCGUCAUGCACGGCAGGGGGCGCGCAUCACUUGGGGUCAACAUCAAGUGCGUAUUGUGCGUGAAUAGGUUGGGGAAUAAUGGAAUACAUGUACUGCCGUUAUGUAAUCAGAAUACAAAAAGAUGUAUCUAUUUUGUUUCAGUUACAGAUAUAGUCAGAAUACAGGUAUGUUCAUUAAAAAUGUGGAUUAUUUUGCAGGAUUACAUUUUGCAUGCAAGGAGGGAGAGGGCAAAAUUAACUUCCCUUUUCUAUAAUAAUGUGGAAAGGUUUGAACAACUCUACUUUCCCUCACCAGAAGAAGCUAUCGAUUUCAGCAGGUGCACGUUAGUUAGCAUAUCUCCCACACAUUUAUUUUGUUUUGGAUUUGUGCGAAAGCUUCCUCCAGCAUUCCAAAACAAUGCACAUCAAUCAACCCUAAGAAAAG